AUGGUCUAUGCACAAGGUGACACAGAGGAUAUGAGGAUGGUCUAUGCACAAGUUAUCUUCAAGGUUUAUGACAAGAAUGGGGAUGGAAAGGUUACCAGGGAUGAAGUGCUGUCCAUACUGAGGGACCUCUCAGGCUCAUUUUUGACAGACGAACAGCGACAGGAAGCUGUAAAGCGGGCUUUUGAAGAAGCUGGAUACGCAGAAGACUGUGUUCUUACAUACGGAGAUUUUGUGAAGAUUCUCACGGGAGUGAAAUUCAAAAUGGUGGUGGACGUUCCACUGGAUUGAUUGGCCACAGCCCCAUCCGUCUUUCAUUUCUCUAUCAGCCGAGAGAAUGGUAUAUCCAUUAUCUUCAGUUCCAUGGCUGUGCGCUGUGGGAGUAUGACAGUGCAGUAUUCACUGAGGAUGAUCCCUUAAGCAUGCCGUUUUUCGGCUGCGGCAUUAGUAAUCGGCCAGUAACAGGUGGUCCAAGGGAGGUUGGUGUUGUGGGCUGUACCGAACGAAAACCUCGGGUGGCACCUUCCUCGUGUUUAUGGAUCAUGGUGGUUGAUGAAAGGGAAACGGUCAUCUGGUUGGUGUAGGAAACAAUCCUAUUUGUGUGGGACCAAUGCAUGGUGUUUUCCUAAUGCCAAUGUGAACAGCUGUUUCUGUGUAAUCUACUACAUUCUAAUUAAGUUCUGGUUGUGACCGGAUUGUGCCCGUCUGUGAGAUGGGGCCGUCCGAUAAGCAGCACAUUUUCAGGCAUCAAUCAACGGCAUUCCAGAAAACACGACCGAUAAAGCGAUGGCCAUUGGAAACUACAGGCCAGAUUGUGUACUCUACUGUGGUCAAUGAACGACGUGCCAGAAAACACAACUGAGAAUGUGAACAACUGUGUGCUCAACGUGGCCAUCCAAACCGCCAAAAAAGAGAAGAAAGCCCAACUAAUGAUGGGCUUUGGCGCACCACGGACCAGAUGUGAAAAAGAGAAAGAUUACGGCGGUGUAUCUUUUGGUGUUCCAAUGGAAGAUUCACUCGCAUUUUACUUUUGGCGAGUGGUGUUGUGAGGCCCUGUAUCUCAACGGUCUUUUCGUUUUGUUGUUCUUGCUUUGUUUUUUUUUUUCCCUUUUGGAGAUUGUGGCAGCGGCCUGAGUGCACCGUGCAGCAAAUGCGCAAAAUGA